GCCGUCGAUCUUCAUCUUCAAUCGCAUCCGUCCAUUCUCUCGUCCUCUGUACUUAAUGCCUCUUGGAAUGGUUUCCCUUCCUGCUUAGGGUUUUGCUCAGAGAGGGAGAGUGGGGGGGAUAGGGAGAGAAUGGUGAAGUUUCUGAAGCCAAACAAGGCUGUGGUCCUCCUCCAAGGCCGCUACGCCGGCCGCAAAGCGGUGAUCAUCCGAUCGUUCGACGAUGGCACCCGUGACCGUCCGUACGGGCACUGUUUGGUUGCCGGGAUAGCCAAGUACCCGAAGAAGGUGAUCCGCAAGGACUCCGCCAAGAAGACCGGGAAGAAGUCCCGCGUGAAGGCCUUCAUCAAGCUGGUGAACUACAACCACGUUAUGCCCACGCGCUACACCCUCGACGUCGAUCUCAAGGACAUCGUCACGCUCGACACCCUUCAGUCCCGCGACAAGAAGGUCACCGCCGCCAAAGAAACCAAGGCCAAGCUCGAGGAGAGAUUCAAGACCGGCAAGAACAGGUGGUUCUUCACCAAGCUCAGGUUCUGAGUAUCCAAAAACACAACCUUUGUUAUGAAAACUUGUUUUGGGUUCAGUUCUAGUUUUUUUUUUUUGGAAGAGAUUGUUUUGAAAUGGGGCUUAUUUUGGAUUUUGAAGUUUUGAGUUGAACCUCUCUUAGUGGUUCUUUUUAUGUGAUUGUGUUUUCUUCUGCUUCUGUCUGCUUAGACCUGAUUUUGUAUGUAUUGUCUUUUUCUUUACGGUUUAUAUUAUAUGAAUUGUGAUGUGUUAGUUUC